AACGGCUUCUCCAACAUCUUGACGGCUACAAUUUUCUUCUUAAAUCUUAAUUAUCACGAUAUAAAGAGAAUCAACAUUUCUCUAACCUUAAAGAAAACCGAAGGAGACAGAGAGAGGAAAAAAGGAGAAGGUGUGUGGGAAUCCUCUCUGAAACAGGAUUCCUUUUCCCUUUCCACACCAGAAGUUCUUCCCUUCUCUUCAUAUAUAAUUUUCAACCCUCUCUUUUUCUCGUUGCCUUUUGCUCUUCCCUCGAAUUCAAAACAGAUUAAAACAAGGAAAUCAAGAAAUCUUGAAAGACAAUGGCAGAAGAACAACACCGAUGCCAAGAACCACGUCUCUGCGUAAACAACUGCGGUUUUUUUGGAAGCCCAGCAACUCAAAAUCUGUGUUCUAAAUGUUAUGGUGAUCUUCGUCAAUCACAGCCCCUGAAUCAGCUCCUAGCCCCAUCAUCAUCUGCUUCUGUUUCUUCCUUUUCACCCCCAACCGUUGAUGUCAUAAAGAACCAGAUAGCUCCCGUGUUGGUGGUGGAAGGUGAUGAAAAAGGGGAGUUUAAGGCUGAACCUACGGUUGUGGUUCCCCAGCAGAAGCCAAAUAGGUGCUUGACAUGCAGGAGGCGCGUAGGGUUGACGGGAUUUAACUGCAGGUGUGGUAUGGUGUUUUGUGGAACGCAUAGGUACCCAGAACAACAUGAUUGUGAGUUUGAUUUUAAGAGCUUAGGUAAAGAACAGAUCGCUAAGGCUAAUCCUGUUGUUAAGGGUGAGAAGCUUCAAAAGAUUUAAUGGAGGUCUCCUAAUUCUGCAAUUUACGAAUUCCAUCGUGAUGUCGGCCGGUGGCGGUGUUAAGAGGAAGUGGUGGUCGUGGGGUUGGUGGCUGUUGGGGGUAUUGUUGUAGUUGUGUGGUUUGUGUAAAUUUCAAAUAUUUAAUGCUAAGAUUUUAGUAUUUUCCUUUUUAGAAAAAAAAACAAAUCACUUGGGCUGUUCAUUUUUAUUGAAUUAUUUGGGGGUGUUGAUUGAAA